GCGUACAUUGCAUUAUAUCUUAAUCUGAAAAUUGUUUGCAUCAGAAACUGAUAAGUAGCCCGCGGCGCCACUCCAAAGUCCAUAGCGCCGUCGCCGGUUCGAAGCCCGUGGCUACACGGAUUUAUUGGAGCAAAUUACACACACGAUUUCGAGGCCCAAUCGACAUAGGAGUAGGAGUAUCCAUCAACGUGAUUUUGACUGCAGACCAGUUCCCCAGCAUCUCACAUUUCACAUGUCUGAAUCAGAGCACCUUAUCUUUCGUCAUUUUCUGGGUACGGAUGGUAAAAGGCGACCGACAGGAGCGCUGUUUGCCGUCCAUCCAUCUCCGAUGCCGACCCUGCCACCGUCAUCUGACGACGUUUUCCCAGGGCGUUCACAGUGCGUUUGCAAUAGCAAUGGGCGUUCACAGUGCGUUGAGCGUACAGUGCAUUUCCUUUCCUACAUGUCGCCUUUGCCGUCGCCUCAACCACACCGACCAGCGUCACAUCCAGCAAGCAAAGUCCGUGCGUGUGGGCGUGGCUGACACCACGACGCAGGCGCAGGCGCAGGCGCUGCACAGGUUGGUUUCUAGAGGGUCGCCUCGCCCCGCCGUGCCGUGUCGAGGCGAGCCGUCCAUCUCCGCCGCACCAUCCAAACACCAUCCGAAAGCGGUACAGUUCGCGCGUCCCGUCUCCCACCUGCUCUGCUUGCCACUGACUCCGUACUACGAGUGCCCAGUUGCCACCACUGCGCACAAGCACACGCGCACGCGGCGAGGCUGCUUGCUAUCUCUUCCGGCCUUCCCUCUGCUCUGCUCCCCCUUGCCGGCUCGGGCUCUCGGUUCUUGCAUUGCACCGCCGUCCACGGAGAUGGUCGCUGCGGCGGAGUGGUGGGAGGCCACCAUCGCGGCGUACACGGGGCUGUCUCCCGCGGCGUUCUUCACGGCCGUGGCGGUGGCCGCCGCGCUGUACGUCGCGGUGUCCGGUCUCCUCACGCGGCGGCCGCCGCCGCUGCCUAGGAGACAGGAGGAGGCGAGGGCGUCGCAGCCGCUGCCGCCACCGGUGCAGCUCGGGGAGGUGACGGAGGAGGAGCUGAGGGUCUACGACGGGUCCGACCCCAACAAGCCGCUGCUCAUGGCCAUCAAGGGCCAAAUCUACGAUGUCACGCAGAGCAGGAUGUUCUAUGGACCUGGUGGCCCAUACGCACUGUUUGCAGGCAGAGAUGCUAGUAGAGCUUUGGCGAAGAUGUCCUUCGAGCUGGAUGAUUUAACCGGCGACGUUUCUGGCUUAGGCCCCAUUGAGCUCGAGGCUCUACACGAAUGGGAGGGCAAAUUCAUGAGCAAGUACGUGAAGGUUGGAACAAUCAAGAAGAUCAUCCCGGUGUCAGAGGGAGAUGCUGCAACUCAUGGUGGGACAUCUGAUAGAGGCAUCGAUGUAGGCACAAUAGAGAGCAACCGUGUGCCAGAACCAGAGGAAAAUGGAGCUACAAGUCAUGCAGAUGCAGUGGAAAAAUCAGAUGCUGAUGUGAGCACACACAACCACGAGGAUGUUGUAGAGAAGUCGGAUGAGCUGCUGGAAUCAGGUGUGGAUACUAGAAGCACCCAUGAAGAUGCAGUGGGGAAGCCAAAGGAAGAAACAGAAGAUGCAGAUGUUCAGAAAACGAUCAGCACUGAAGUUGCAGGUGAGGGAAAGGGAGCACCUGAUGAAGAUGACAGGAACACGUGCAGUCUGGAAGACGCAAUUGAGAAGCCAAAGGAAACGGCAUACAUUGAUGUGAAGGAUACAAGCGGCCAUGAAGUUGCUGGAGAACCAAAGGAAGCACCAGAUGUGGAUGGGAACAAUACAAGCAGCAAUCAAGAUGGCAGUGGAUGAGCCGAAGGAAGCGUCACAUGAAGCGAAGGAAGCGUAGAGUUGAGGCUAUUGCUGUGAUAAUAUCUGCAGGUAGUUAGCAUAAUACAGUGUUGAAUCAACAGAGAACCAGCAGGUGAGCUCUGUUGGGUUGAAUCUUUGUGUAGUGUGGAAAUACCACUAUAAUGCAAUAAGAAUGUAAUAAGCUUGCGCUGGUCCCACUAUAUUUGCAUUUCGGUGCAGUUAUGCCAGUUAACUCUUCCUAGCUGGACAUGUUUUGAUCGGCAUUUCUGUACUCUCUUCCCAUUGGUGAAUGCAGGGCAAAAUUGAUCCUUGGGGACC